AGAGGGAGGGUAGGAGGAGAAGCUGGGAGGGGAGUUGAAUUAAUGAAUUAAAAAUGUUGCGAAGCACUGUCCGUCUGAAUAGUUUUGGGUUUAUAUAGAGAGGCAUGCUGGGUGGACCCUGGAGGAGUGGACAGCGCAAGCUUCUUUAACUUGUCCCUGUGGGGACACAGAAGGCUUCACAUGCAAGGAGAAGCAGACUGUGCUCAUCCGAUUACAUAAUGAUCCAGCAACAGUGAGCCGGAACCGGUACUGCCAGUGCCAGCGUGCUGCUGCCGUACACUGACUGACCGCUGGGACUCCUCAUCCAGGCCUCUCCUCUCCUCUGACGGCUUUCAUGUUUUUCUCACUUUGGUCAUGACCUCAGCCACACCGCCUUCCUCUGAAGGCACCUCCCCUCAGAAAGUUUGCCAUUCUCAGACGCAGACUGACAUCACCAAGCCCCUGCUGACCCCCACAGAUGGAACUGGCGGUCAUGCAGGAGUGGGAGGAGCUGCAUCUGGAGGUCCAAGUGCUCUGCGAAGGCGGCGGCGUGUCCUUUCUAAAGAUGGGCGGAGCAAUGUACGCAUUGAGCAUGUAAGUGGAAGAGGGGCGCUGUACCUCCGUGACCUCUGGACGACUUUCCUGGACAUGCAAUGGCGCUACAAGUUGUUCCUCUUCUCGGCUACCUUUGCGGGGACCUGGUUCGUGUUUGGAGUACUUUGGUAUCUGGUGGCCAUGGUGCAUGGAGACCUACUAGAGUUUGACCCCCCCUCCAACCACACGCCGUGUGUAAUGGAAGUGAAGACCCUGACAGGGGCCUUCCUCUUCUCUCUGGAAUCCCAAACCACGAUUGGCUACGGCUUCAGGUGCAUCACAGAGGAGUGUCCUGUAGCAAUUGUCCUUCUCAUCUUCCAGCUGGUCGUCACGAUGGUGAUGGAGAUCUUCAUCACCGGCACUUUCCUCGCAAAGGUUGCUCGUCCCAAAAAGAGAGGAGAGACGGUGAAGUUCAGCCAACACGCUGUCGUGUCGAAUCACGAGGGACGGCCAUGCCUCAUGAUUCGAGUGGCCAACAUGCGUAAAAGCCUGCUGUUAGGUUGCCAGGUGACGGGGAAGUUGCUUCAGACGUCCCUGACAAAGGAGGGGGAGACGGUGCGGCUGGACCAGAGAAAUGUGCCUUUCCAGGUGGACACGUCCAGUGAAAGCCCCUUCCUCAUCAUCCCUCUCACUUUCUACCACAUCAUUGAUGACAACAGCCCCCUCAGAGCCUGGGCAGCAAAAGGUAAAUCCCAGCUCGAGUCAGAAUGAUGUGGAAGGAUGUGA